AUGACACAAAAUAUCAGCUGUAUUCUCACAAGUAGUAUACCAUUUGAUCCAGACAGACGAUCAACAGUCGAUGUAGUGAAGAAGUUUAAGGACAUCGUAAGAAAAAGUUCAGCAGGUCUUUUCGAUCAUGCCGAUUCCAAUCAUAAUAAUGAAUUCGAUCAAGAUGAUAUGAAACAUCUCUUCGUAGAAUAUGAUACCGACAAGGAUAGUAAAGUAUCCGAAGCUGAAUUCAUUGCCGGAUUUGCUGCCAGAGAACCUAAUGUGACCAUUGUAGCUAAAGGUCUAUUUUUGGAAUUAGACAUGGACAAGAGUGGAUAUGUUACAGAUUCAGAUUUACCUCUUUAUUUCCACAAAAUCGACCAGAACAAAGAUGGAAAAGUAUCAAAACUUGAAUUCGAAGAUUACUUCACAGAGUUGUUCACCAUCUUGUACGUAUUGAAAGUGAAAUCUAACCAAACUGCUGGUUAAAAUGUACCUACAUUGAAUAUUAAAUUUUGAAUUCAUCACGGUGUUUACAAUUUGCUACUCUAAUUUUCUUUAUUAAAAUAUAUACCAGAUUCA